CGGGAUCUGAAACGAGUUUAGGUUUGGAGGCAGUGAAACGCUAUUGAACUUUCAGUUUACGAGCUUUAUCGUUGCACAUUUUAACCUGCAACGAAACGGCGUAAAGAUACCAUCAGAUACUCAGAAUUAAAAUACCUGUAGCGCACUUAGCUGCAUCUGAUCAAUACUGCUGUACCUUUGAGUAGCCUACCGCUUUGGAAGUUUGUAGUUCGGAUCCUGCUGUGUGUGAUUCACAAGUCUAACUGAAGUAUCUGCAGUAUCGAGAAAGGCAGAAGAACUAUCAAUAUGUCUCUUGCCGUGAAGGAGAAGACAACAGUCCGCCUGGUUUUCUUUGGGGCAGCCGGUGUCGGGAAGACUGCUCUGAUCCAGCGGUUCCUUCAGGACAAAUUCGACCCCAAACACAAGCGGACAGUGGAAGAGCUCCACAGCAUCGAGAACGUCAUUGACGGCGUGAAAAUCAAAAUCGAGAUCAUGGACACCAGCGGCAGCUACUCCUUCCCGGCGAUGAAGAAACUCUGCAUCCGCAACAGCGACGCCUUCGCCCUGGUCUUCUCCAUCGAUGACCCGGAGUCUUUCGAGGAGGUCCGGAGGCUCAGGGACGAGGUCCUGGAGAUCAAAGAGGACAAGUGCACCCCGAUUGUGGUGGUGGGAAGCAAGGCGGACCAGGAGAACCAGAGGCAGGUCCUCGCCGAAGAUGUCAUGUCAACUGUGGAGCUAGACUGGAACGCCAGCUACGUGGAGGCUUCCGCCAAAGACAACUCAAAUGUGAUCGGCGUGUUCAAAGAGCUGCUUCAACAAGUGAACCUGCCCAGCAGACUAAGCCCGGCUCUCCGCAGAAGGAGGGAGACAUACCCUAAAGAGAACGCUAGAGUCAGAAGACCACACAUGAGUAAAACUAACAGUUGCACCAUCUCCUAAUCAACCGAUUAUGAUAUGAUGAGACAAGUCACUGCACUGAACUCUGGGGUGUUGCCUGUAACAAUUAGGGCUAUGGCAAGUGAGCGUAGAUUUCGAGGGUUAAAUGAAAGCUUACUUGUAAGAAUGUGAACAGAUGCUGUGUGCAAGCCUAAUGAUGGUAAUGACAAGAAUUGGGGUUUAUGUUUCUUCAUUUUGUAAAUCAGUAAGUGAAAUCAUAUACAGUAAUAUGCAUUUCCGUAUCAAGAAAUAUUAAACACGAACAGUUGGACAUUCUUUAUCAAGGCAUUGCCUGCAUCGAUGAAAAACAACUGUGUUUUAAUAAAUUGUAUAAUAUAUAUUGAACUCCAAAUUGGAGUAUUUCAGUAACUCGUGUUUUGAUUGAGACUAUACGUGUUGUGUUUUGUGUUUUUUUAUUCUUUUGUAAUUAUUUUAUUGCGUCAGAAAAAUGCUUUCAAAAGAACGCUUGAUGUAUGUUUGAGUUCCUUGUCAUCAUGAAUUUGUUAUUGAGAUUAAACGCUGUGAAACCUGUGGCAGUUGACCAUCACAGA